AUGGUCUGCGUCCGCCCCGCGCGCCUCGACGACCUGUGGGCGAUGCAGCACUGCAACCUGAUGUGCCUGCCCGAGAACUACCAGAUGAAGUACUACCUCUACCACGCGCUGUCGUGGCCGCAGCUGCUGCACGUCGCGGAGGUGCGCGGCGACGUCGUGGGGUACGUGCUCGCGAAGCUGGACGAGGACUCGGAGAUCUGCCACGGGCACAUCACGAGCCUCGCGGUGCUUCGAUCGCAUCGCAAGCUCGGCAUCGCGGCGAAGCUCAUGACGGCGGCGCACGACGCCAUGCGCGGCGUCUUCGCGGCGGAGUACUGCUCGCUGCACGUGCGCGUCUCGAACGAGGCGGCGAUCCAUCUGUACGUGGACACGCUGGGGUACGAGCGAAACGACGUGGAGGCGAAGUAUUACGCGGACGGAGAGGACGCGUACGACAUGCGGAAGACGUUUAAGAAGCUCGCGGAGGAGGUGGAGAAGACGGGGGGGGACGGCACGUUGAUAGAGAAGCUGAGGGCGCUGGCAGUGUAG